AAGCUCAGAAUAUCGCAGCAGCCAAGAAACAGUUACUAUGCUGCCGAGUUGGCUAACAGAGGAGUACAUUCAGAAGGCCCUUCAGGAUUUCCUCAAGGACCCGAAGCUGCGAGUCCAGAAAGUAUGGGCCAAGCCAGCGACGGAGAAAGGCGAGAACUUCGUGGGCGUAAUGACCCGUGUCUAUGUGGACUUCGUGCAGGGAGAUGGGUCUGAGCAGAAGAAGUCCUACAUCCUGAAGCAAGCCGUAUCGUCGGACGCUCCCCAGGCGAAACUCUUCGAGGAAUACGAUGUCUACAACAGGGAACUGGAGAUGUACGAUGUCGUCCUGCCGAAGAUGGCCAAGAUACUCCGAGAGGCUGACUUCAACGAGAAGCUGAUGGCCGAGGCCAUUAUCGUUGACCGGGAGCGCACCAUCAUGAUCCUCGAGGAUCUGGCUCCGCUGCGCUACACGAAUGCUGACAGAGUGAAGCAACUGGACAUGGCCCACACCAAGCUCGUCCUGGACAUGCUGGCCAAGUUCCAUGCCUCUGCCAUUAUCCUGAACCAACGCGAGCCAGAUCUCCUGAGCCGAAACUACGAAUCGCACUUCUUUUCGCGGGGAAAAAAGGGCUACGCAGAGGUCUUUGUCGGCUUGUUCAGAGCAUUCAUCAGAUACGUGAAGACCAAGCCGACCUUGAGAACUCGCUAUGCGGACAAGUUGGAGGACAUCAUCGGCAACUUGAUGGGCUAUGCUGCCCGAUCUGUCGAUGUCGGGGAGAAGGACCUGCAGACACUGGUGCACGGCGAUUGCUGGACCACCAAUGUGAUGUACCUGCACGACGAUGAGGGCAACCCCACCACAGUCCUGCCCAUUGACUUCCAGUUCAGUUCUUGGACAUCUCCGGUAGUCGAUCUGCAUUACUUCUUCAGCACGUCGCUGAAGAUCGAUGUGUUGGCGAAGGAAACAGAGCUCGUGCAGUAUCAUUACUACGCUCUGAAAAGGACCUUGGAAGCUCUUUCGUAUAAGGGGGUCUUUCCCAGUCUGUUCGAGUACCAGCUUCAGUUCGAAAGACGUCGAUUCUUGAGUGUUAUAAUUGCUAACGUAUUUCAACCGAUUAUGGUGUACCAAGGCAGCGAGGACUGUGAUUUUGUUAAUCUCUAUCAGGAUACUCCAGAAGGCAUUAAGUUCCAGGAUUCGAUGUACGAAAGCAAAGAGAUUCAGAGAAGGAUUGACAGAAUAUUACCCAUCCUCGAUGCCAAGGGCUUCUUGGAAGCUCAUUAAAUUAAGACGGGUAUUUUGUAUUAAGAAAUAAACAAAAAAUAAUUCAAUACGA